AUGGCAGAACCAGACUAUGAUUCGUUAAAAAACAAACGCGCUAAUAUUAAACGUCAAACAACGAAUUUUCAAACAACGUUAAAUUCAAUUACCGAUGAAACUGAUUUGGAAUCCCUCGAUUUAGAAACGCGCCUCAAAAAGCAUAAAGAAUUUUGGAAUGAAUUUGAUGAAAUUCAAGGUCAGAUCGAACUUUUAAAGCCUGAUGAUUUUGCAAAUCUUGAUGCUCAGCAAACUGAAUUUGAAGAGCGAUUUUACCAAUUAAACGCGUUAGCAAACAAAUAUUUAAAAAAGUUAAAAGAAAAGAACGCAAUCGGAACGUCAACCCAGUCUUUGACACCUUCAACUUCAAAUUCACACACGAUCCCUAGGCUACUUUCCGAUUCAGGUUCCAAAAUUGAUCCAAACACAAAUUCAUCAAAUAAUGAAAAUUUUCAAGCUUCAUCUCAUUUUCAACUUCCAAAGCUUCCACCACCAAUUUUUCAUGGUACAUAUGAUACUUGGCUUUCUUUUUAUGAUUCUUUUAAGUCAAUGUGUCACGAUAAAAAAGAUCUUCCAACAAUUACUAAAUUUUUAUAUUUAAGAGCAUGUUUAAAAGGGGAAGCGGCGGAAGUAAUUGCUUCGCUCGAAACAUCAGAAAGUAAUUAUGAGACUGCUUGGGAAUUGUUAAAAUCGCGCUAUGAUAACAGAAAAUUCAUAGUAGAGAAUCACAUACAAGCACUUUUUAAAAUUCAGUCAAUGUCAAAAGAAUUUUCAAUUCGUACGCUUUUAGACAAUGUUCAAAAAAGAAUGCGAGAACUUAAGGCUCUGGGGGAAUCAGUUGAAUACUGGGACACAUUGUUGAUAUAUAUUAUCAAAAGUAAAUUAAAUGAUUACACUCGCGAAAAAUGGGAGGAAUCACUAAGUACAACACAAGUUCCAACCAUGGCAAAUAUGAUAGCGUUUCUUGAGCGCCGUGCUUUACUUGAAGGUCCUCAAGUUUCGAUAAAACCACCAAACGGUAAAAAGCCAUUUUCAAAAUUCAAUAAAGAUUCUAGAAAUAAUCCUAAGUCAUCGCAAGCAUAUGUAGCUACUACGACAGUGUCUAACAAGGGAAAUUCGCGUCCUAAAUGUCAUUUCUGUUCGGAAGAUCAUGCAUUGCAUUCAUGCAAUCAAUUUCUUAAACUUUCAGAACAAGAACGUUACGAUGUUGUCAAAGGAACCGCAGUGGUCGAAAUAAAAGAUCAAAAAGGUCAAUUUCAUUUAUGCAGAGCUUUGUUAGAUUCAGGUUCUCAGUGUAAUUCCAUUACUGAGCAAUUUGCUACCACUCUCGGGUUGAAUAAAAAACGGACCAAUGUUGUUCUUAACGGUGUCGAAAAUCUCAGUACCAACGUUCAAUUUUCCACUCGUUCAAAAAUAAAAUCAAGAGUGACUGAUCGAGAAUUCGAUUUAUGUCUUCUUAUUUUCAAGGAAAUUUCAAAUCCUAUGCCUUCUAUUCCUCUCGAUCGAAAAGAAUUCAAAAUUCCAUUUGGUAUUGAAUUAGCCGAUCCUGAUUUUCACAAUCCUGGAAAAAUUGAUUUAUUAAUCGGUGCAGAAAUUUAUUAUGAUCUUUUAUUGUCAGGAAAAAUGCGAAUUCCGAAGCAAACCACUCUGCUGCAAGAAACCGAAUUUGGUUGGAUUAUUGCCGGUAGUUAUAAAAAACCGCGAUUUGAUUCAAAUAAUUCAACUAAAAUUUCAUGUCAUCUUGUGAAUUUUAAUGAAUUGCCAAUUUUAUGGGAACUAGGUCAAGAAGAUCAGGUAAAGGUAUAUUCUAACGAAGAAAAGGAAUGUGAAUCGCAUUAUUCACAAAAUUUUGAACGCACUGAAACAGGUUCAUACAAGGUUAAAAUUCCAUUUAACGAAAAGAAGGAAAACUUAGGUACUUCUCGCAACACAGCAUUUCAGCGAUUUUAUGCCCUAGAAAGAAAAUUUGAAAAAUCCCCUUCUUUCAAGGCAGCAUACGUAAAAAACAUUCAGAGUUAUUUUGAUGAAGGGCAUUUAACUCCUCUCAAAAAUUGCGAUAAUGAUGUGGAAGACGGUUUUUAUUUACCACAUCACGCAGUUUUAAAACAAGACAGUAUCACAACGAAGACAAGAGUUGUGUUUGACGGGUCUGCGAAAACUACUUCCGGUAUCUCUUUAAAUGAUACGAUGUUAAUAGGGCCUACAAUCCAAGAAGAUCUCUUUUCAAUUAUUCUUCGAUUUAGAUCCUUUCGAUACGCAAUGACUGCCGAUAUCGAGCAGAUGUAUCGACAAGUUUUGAUUCAUGAAAAUGAUAUUAAAUUUCAAAAAUUUCUUUGGCGAGAGCAUGUGAAUGAACCGAUUAAGGUUUACGCCUUGAAUCGUGUCACGUUUGGUACGGCAUGCGCACCUUUUCUCGCAAUACGCACAUUGCACCAAUUGGCUAAUGACGAAAAAGAUUCACAUCCUCUAGCAGCUUCCAUUUUAAAAAGCGAUUUUUAUGUCGAUGAUGGGUUGACGGGCGCUCAAACUUAUGACGAAGCGCUUUUUAUUCGAAAUCAGCUUAUCAAAUUGUUAAAAAAGGGAGGAUUUAACUUGCAAAAAUGGGCAUCAAAUCAUCCUGAAUUAUGCGAAAUACAAACAGAAGUUCCUGAGACUCACAUGUCUCUUCAUAGAUCGGAAGUAAUAAAGGCUUUAGGUUUGCAUUGGGAUGUCAAUUUAGAUGUUUUUGUUUACACCGUUAAAUUACCAAAUUCCACGUACCCAUUGACAAAACGAAAAAUUCUUUCCACCAUUUCAAAAUUAUUUGAUCCUUUGGGUUUAUUAGGACCAGUCAUUAUCGUAGGAAAGAUUUUAAUUCAACAGUUGUGGAAAAGUGAUCUCACAUGGGACGAACCAGUUUCUAAAGAAAUUCAAUUGAUUUGGGAAGAAUACACUAAACAAUUAAUGUAUUUAAACCAAAUCAAAUUUGAUCGUUGUCUCGUGAUUCCUGAUUUCGUAGAUACUCAAAUUCACGGAUUUUGCGACGCUAGUGAAAAGGCCUACGGAGCGUGCAUUUAUCUUCGCUCGACUAAUAGUCAAGGUGUUCACAAAUCGUCCCUGAUUUGCUCGAAAUCACGAGUCACUCCUAUAAAGGCCACAACUCUUUCUCGAUUAGAAUUAUGUGCUGCUACCUUACUAGUUCAAUUAUACUCAAGCGUCGUUCAAUCGUUAAAAAUGACUUUUUCACAGGUCGUUUUUUGGUCCGAUUCUACAAUUGUUUUAAACUGGAUCAAUACCCCCUCAGCAUUGUUAAAAACCUUUGUAGCAAAUCGAGUGUCUCAAAUUCAAGAAAAAACAAAUUCUGAAAAUUGGCGUCAUGUACGAACUCAUGACAAUCCCGCGGACAUAAUUUCACGUGGUCAGAGCCCACAAGAGCUCGUAGGAAAUAAGUUUUGGACACAUGGUCCAAAUUGGUUAGAAAUGGAUGAGAAAUUGUGGCCUCAAUUUUCUCUAACUCGUUGCGAAAUUCCAGAAAAACGUAAAGUUCAACCUUUGGUCGCGCUAAAAAUAGUUCAGCAAAACUAUAACCUUUUAGAAAAAUUCAGCGAUUGGAAACAACUUGUUAUUGUAGUCGCGUAUUUCAUGCGUUUUAUUAAAAAUGCAAAACUUGAAAACAAAUCCGAUCGAGUUCUAGGCCGCCUUUCGCCAUUAGAGUUCAAUGACGCAAUUCUUAAAAUAAUGAAAUUAACACAACGGGAAACCUUUUUAAAGGAAAUACAAGCCUUAGAACAGGGAAAAGAUAUUUCACAAAAAAGCAGCCUUCUUCGACUCAAUCUAUUUCUUGAAAAAGGGAUUAUUAGGGUAGGAGUUCGAUUAGGAAACGCUGAGAUUCCAAAUUCGCAAAAACAUCCGAUCGUCCUCCCUAAGAGUCACCAUGUGACUGGUCGUAAUACAACGCGACACUUUAUUCGUCAAUGUUUCCCAUGCUUUCGAGCGAAGCCUCGCGAGCCUGAAUAUUUGAUGGGAAAUUUGCCUCGCGAUCGUGUUUCUUUUUCUCGAGCUUUCACUCAUGCCGGUGUCGAUUACUGUGGUCCAUUUUUCAUUAAAGAGGAAUCGAGGAAAGCCACCAAGGCUGUACAUUUAGAAUUGGCAAGCGAUCUGACAACAGACGCCUUUUUUGCCGUUCUCAAACGAUUUUGUUCUCGCCGAGGAAUACCAAACUCAGUUUCACCGGACAAUGCUACUAACUUUGCAGGGACUCGAAAUGAGUUGCGAGAACUCUACAAAACAAUCGAAACUCAUGAAAAGAGCUCAGAAUUUCAUGAUUUUUUGUUGAUAAAUAAAAUAAAAUGGCAUUUUAUUCCGCCUAGAGCUCCACACUUCGGUGGUCUCUGGGAAGCAUCAGUAAAAUCUUUUAAGCACCAUUUUACGCGAGUUACGGGAACUGCACUUUUAACGUAUGAACAACUACACACUUAUGUGGUAGAAAUCGAGGCUACCCUCAAUUCUCGUCCCUUAACACCACUUUCAUCUGAUCUGAACGAUUUUUUACCUUUGACUCCUUCCCAUUUUUUGAUCGGCAAUUCCUUGACAAGCAUUCCACAGGACGAUCUACGAGACAUUCCAAGCAAUCGUCUGAAUUGCUGGCAACAUGCCCAGCAAAUGCGUCAACAGUUUUGGGACCGAUGGCACUGA